CUGAAGUGGUCAGAAAUUUCGUAAAGUCAAUAAAAGAAAAGAAAGAAAAGCGUACAUAAUUUGAGCUGUGUGUUCAUCCAUUUCUAUUUGGAUCGAAAUUCCCAAAGAACGCGGUUUGUUUAUUAUUGAAGUUUCAAACAGUUUUCCCUUCCAAACCUCACAUCCCUAACUGACCAAUUUCCUUCCCCAUUCUAUCCUCCACCAUCUCCUCCUUUCGGAUCUUGUCGAUUCGUCUGAAAUCCAUCCCAAUUCCAUGGCUUCCAUUCAAUCCGACCACCAGCUCAAGCAGCUCCACGACAUUUUCAGGCGUUUCGACAUGAAUUCCGACGGCAGUCUCACCCAACUCGAACUCGGCGCCCUCCUCCGCUCUCUCGGCAUCAAACCCUCCGGCGACCAACUCCAUUCUCUCCUCUCCAACAUGGAUUCCAACGGCAACGGCUCCAUCGAAUUCGAUGAACUCGUCAAUGCCAUUCUCCCCGAUAUGAACGACGAUAUUCUCGUCAAUCAAGAGCAGUUGAUGGAGGUUUUCAGAUCUUUCGAUCGUGAUGGUAAUGGAUACAUCACCGCCGCCGAGCUCGCUGGUUCCAUGGCGAAAAUGGGGCAUCCUCUCACCUACCGCGAACUCUCCGAGAUGAUGCGGCAGGCCGAUACCGACGGCGACGGCGUUAUUAGCUUCAAUGAAUUCACCACCGUCAUGGCUAAAUCCGCCGCGGAUUUUCUUGGGCUUACAUUUGCGUAGAUCAUCAAGUUCUUUACUCCCCUCCUCUUUUUCUUCUCUUAGAUGUACAUAGUAAGAUAUAAUAACCAUUCUGAUCGUGAUCCUGAUUCUGAUUCCAAUUGGUGUUCAUCUUCGGUGAUUAAUUUCUCCAUAAGUUUUUUUGGGUAAAUCACCAAAUUCAAAUAGAGAAAGAGAGAAUCAAUCAAAUCUUCAAAACUAUGGUUUGGUCCAAUGAUGUGUUUCAACUCUGUAUUCUAAAUUCCAACUUGCUUAUUCAACUUGUAUUAUUUCUUCCCCU